AUGGCAUUUGCAUCUAAGAACAUUGUUGCCAAACUUAAUAAAAGAGUAAAAUUGAAUAGUGAAAAUUAUGAGAUAAGGAGCAUGAAACUACAAUAUGUAUUAGAAGAGCAAGAGACUCUUGAAGCUCUUAACACAUCCACGGAAGAGCAUGAGAACGGAAACACAGUACAACAUAGGAGAGACCGUGCAGCUUAUGAAACCUGGAAGAAAAAGAACUCCACUGCUUGCAUUACGUUGUUCAUCAGCAUGGAUGAUGACAUAAUGAGGGAUUACAUAAGGUAUGAAAUAGUAAAGGACAUGUGGUCCGCACUAGUUGUAAAGUUUGGAGGUACGUCCAUUACCAAACUUCGAUCACUUACAAUCAAGUUGGACACCUACAAGAAACAACCAAAUUAUACAAUGAGGCAACACUUGAGGCAAAUGUCAAACAUGAUUAAUGAACUGAGAGAUGCAGGUCAUGUCCUAACAGACGAACAACAGGCUCAGGUUGUUAUCCAAUCAUUGCCCCAUGGUUGGGAACAUAUGAAGAUUCACCUAACCCACAAUCAUGUCAUCAAAACUUUACAAGAUGUCGUGCGUCAUUUGGGACUAGAAGAGGAUCGCAUUAGUGCUAAUAAUAAGGCGAAUACUGAUGUGUAUAUAACUGAAUCCAACUCACAAUGUGGGAAAUGA